CACACACCACCACGUUCAUCGGCAGCCCACGGUCGCGGCCGCCACAGUAUAUAAGGCGUGAGUGAGCGAGGCAAAGCAGACAGUGACCUGCUCCUCCUCUCGUCGCCAACAUGAUGAAGCUGCUGAUUGUGUGCGUGGUGGUGGUGGCGGCGGUGGCGGCGCCCACCUACAACACGCCCAUCCCCAUCCUGAAGGACGACCGCACCCAGAACGCAGCCGGCGAGUACUCCUUCAACUUCGAGACAGGCAACGGCAUCGUGCGCAGCGAGUCCGGCUACCAGGCUGACGGCCAGGAGAACUCCGGCGCCUUCAGCUACACCAGCCCCGACGGCACGCCCGUGGCCAUCUCCUUCACGUCUGGCGCCGGCGGCUACCAGCCCGAGGGCGCCGUGCUGCCCGUGGCCCCAGCGCUGCCCUACCAGCGCUCCGACACCUUCGUGCACUAGACGCCCACACUCACGCCCACGCCCACCAACAACAGCCUUGCCCCUCCAUCUCUUCACCUCACCUUUCCACCUCUUCCCACCUUUCCACAGGCUUCCCUCCCUCUUCAUCUUUCCAUCUUUCCAUCUCUCCACCUACUCCACUUCUUUGUCUCCUCAUCUCCCUUCCUCUCCACCUCCUCCACCUCUCCAUCUCUUUACUCCUCACCUUCCGACCUCUCCACCUCCUAAAUCACCCUCCUAUCCAUAUCUCCUCCUCCUUCUGUCCCCUCUCUACCUUUCCAUCUCUCCACUUCUCCACCACCUCAUCUCUCUACUUCUCUACCUCCCCCACCUCACCCUCCACCCCUCCAUCUUUUCACUCCUUAUCUUCCCACCUCUCCACCUCCUAAAUCACCCACCUAUCCAUAUCUCCACCUCCUUCUCUCUCCUCUCUAUCUUUCCAUCUCUCCACCUCCCCACCUCCACAUCUCCCCACCUCCUCCACCUCCCCCUCCGUCUCUCAUCUCUACACCGCUUCUUUUCCUCCCAUCCAUUUCUCCAUCUCCACACCCUCCUCCACCUCCCCCUCCCCUCCCUCAGGCACACCAGCAGAACACUAUUUAUUGUCGUCCUCGCGGCGGCCUCGCUCUCUUGUUUCUCUGAGUGUAAAUAAACAAUGAAGGA